ACUUGGGCGGCACCACCGAACUGUAGUUCAUUGGGUGGCAUGGAGUACAAGCGCUGGCAUGCUUUUCACCGCUUGACCUGCUGAACUUGACAGCGUCUCGUUUCACUCUAUGAUCUCACUCUAUAGAUUUUUCUUCACUUUAUUCCUUGGUAAUCAAUUCCGUUGAGAUAGCUUCAGAAAUCAAAAGCACAAUGGGGUUCCUUAUGUCUAAGUCCAUGGAUCAGAGCCUGAAGAAGCAACAGGAAUUCAUGGUCCUCAACUCACGACUCCAGUUGGAGCGCCAGAUUCAGAUGCAGAACCAGAUGAGGGAGCGGCAGAUGGCUAUGCAGAUCGCAUGGUCCAGGGAGUUCCUCAACUACUACGGUGCAUUCUUCAGUCUGGCAACCCUGGGACUCACUGCUGGAGCUCUGAAGAGAAAGAGGCCAGGGCUCUUGGCUCCAGUGGUUCCCCUCAGCUUUAUCCUGGCCUACCAGAUAGACCUGGCGUACGGGACGCUAAUGCAGCGCAUGAAAGGGGAGGCAGAGGCCAUCAUGGUAUCGGAACACGAGCGCUUGGAUCUACCUCACGGGGCGCCCACGUUCGAGAGCAUCGAGAAGGCCCGGCGAACCCAAGCGCACCUUUUCUUCGAGAAGUGACCCUCCACAAGUCUCCACUCUCCCACUGCCCAAAGGGGAAUCAUCUACAACUCACACACAGAUGCAAACACCUGAUUAUUAACGCUUAUGAUAUGGCAAUAUCUGGCUAUGACAGCUACUCAAAGUAUUCAACACACACACUCACGCACACACAGAGGCACACACACACACACAAAUCAAAUCAGCUUUGUGCCUGGGGGAUGGGCAGGGGAUUGUGCAGUUACCGAGAUUGAACACUAGGGGGCGAAGAGGGUCGGGAAGAAACCAUCAAGAUGCGUCUCAGUAGGAGAGCUGAUCUCGGAUCAGGUUUCCCUGUCCUUAUCCAAACCUUAUCCAUCAUGAGCUAAAAUGCUAAACUGAUCCUAGUUCAGCGCUCCUAACCUGAGAUCCUUUAUGAAUAUGGAGCUCAAAUUCCUUCCCUCGUGAAUUACCGACGUGAGGGAAUUGAGGAAUAAAAAUGAGUGCCACUUUUUUUCCUCAAACUUGCAUCCAAAGAAUUUAAAUUGGUAUUGGGUAUUUAUGUCAAAAAUCAAUAUCUAUGUUUUUGUCAUAUUUCUUGUUGUUGGUGGGGUGGGUUGGGGAGGGAAGUAUUAAGCAGAGAAACUGAAAUAGUCACUUGGCAAGUUGGUCAUAGACCCAUGAAGCACUGUAGCAUUUUUUUUGCUUGAUACUAAGCUGGUUGCACUAGUAUUUAUUUAGUUUUUGUCCAUCUGUGUUGACGUGUGAAGUUCCAGGGAUGUUGCUUUCCCCUGAUCGAUCGAUCGAUCGGGAAAUGGUGACUUUCGGAUCCUGGACAGUGCCGGGCUGGUACGGUUCGGUUUUACUGUUUGACGUUCUGUCCCACUUUGAGCUAGCAAGGAGUGCGGAGAAGCUCGAGGUGUGUGUGCUUACGACUCGCUCAAAUCCUCUGUCUGGUCAACGCACUCAGGGUCUGGAAAGCAGCAUUUCUUCGCAUGGUCAGGAAAAACCGCGUCCCUGCAUACAAACCCACGCCUGCAGACUGUAACUCUAUCUGUGUCUGGGUCGUGAACCCAGAAACCGCUGGUUUUUUGCCUGGGACUGGGCGAGACCCAGGGGUGUAAGGAUGAGACUUUGAGGGAAGGGGUCUGAAACCCUAGUCCUGGAGAGCCGCAGGUUGGUUUCUGGUUUUUCCCCCCCC